UGUAGAGCAACUGCCAGAAAAGGUAUUUUGAAAAACAAUGAAAUACUAAAUGUUGUCCAUUAAACCUUAGGUCUACAUAUGACCCUUACAGAAGAAUGUCGUCAUGUCUGAUCCUUGCAGUGUUUGCAGUUUAUCAACAUAAGGCCCAUUUCUUAAUCAUUUGUGAAAGAGGAAGUUUGUUGUCUCUGAGUCAAAAGUGGGUUUCGGACGCUUUGAGAAUGAAUCUGUGGUUUAGUGCUAUGUGCAACGUUUGCACUGAGAAUGACCUUUUCACUGAUGAGGACAAUAAAUGCCAAAAUAGUUUAUAUAUUAAACAAUUAAACAAUUUUGGACGUCUAGGGUGUUUUUUUUUACAGCUUCUAAAAGGAAAUUGGAUGAAAAGUUGGGAAGCAGGAGCCCUUAUAAUUUAAUUUUCCUUUAUAUUCACAUUAUUUGAAAUGGAUUUCUGGUCAUAUGUCACCGUUAAAGCUUGUAGAGUAAAAUAAUUUAAGACAUGCGCUCUUAACGGAAUUGAGUGCACCCCAAAUCCUUCCUGGAUACUCCAGGUCCAAAGGUUCAACUUGGUUUAGGGUUCGAGGGAUUUGGACCCGAGUAAGCGCUCUUAACUUUCUCCCGAUAUCUGACGAUCUCAUGCAGACAACAGAACCGCCUCCUUGGCAGUUGCCCUGACAACGGAUAAACGAUCCCGACAAAUUCCCAGCUGUCCUGGCCGCGGUUCCCCAGGAAACAGCUACACAAAAUCAAGGACAACAUCCGGAAAAGACCCUCCGUCGUCCCUCUUGUCGUCCGAACGUGGAAUAACUGCAGAAAUAGUAGCCUAAAGUAGAAGCUGUAUUUUAAGUUAAGUUCAAAGGUACGCGUAUUAAAAGAAAAAAAAACAUGACGACCACUUCACUUCCACUUUUAGGAGACAGCGACCCCCGUCUCAGACUGACGGUGGAAAACAAAACAAGAAACAUUUUUGUAACACAGUUGGACGACACCAGAGAUAUGAAAGAGGAAAAUGUCAACUACCUACCGGUUGUAACAGAGACUUCAAGCAGAAUUCUUGAGGCAGGAGUAAAUACUUUGCAAAAGACCCUGGUCCUGAAGAAACAGGCAGAGUUGGACGAAGUGGACAAGCAGCUGACACUCAAACGCCAAGAGUUUAAGAGAAGUGUGGAGGCUCUGGCUAAGAGAAGAUCUGAACUGGAAGUAAAGCAGCAGCAGACUAAAGACAGGGUGAUGAAAUUUGAAAAGUUUAUGGUGGAAAAUGAAGAAAAGCGGCGCGGGGCAAUGAAGAAGUUUGAGGCUGCACGAGAGCAGAACAUUGUGAAACAGAAAGAUAUUGAAGAUCUGACUGAACAGCUGACACAACUCAGAGCCAGGCAUCACAUUUUAAAGGGAAGGAUUGCAAAAUACAAAAUCUAUGAAGACUACUUGAUGAAAACAAUAGAUCAUUUCCCCAGGACUUACCUUGACAAUGGGUCUGAAUCUUUGGUUAUGCCCAUCAUCCGGCGCCAUGAAACCCUUUCCAUCACCCACCAGCGUCUGCUGCAGCGCCUGGGUCGUCUGGAGGAGGAGGUGGAGCAGAGCCAGCGACAACUUCAGACCAUGAAAAAGGAGCAGAGCAUCAAAAAACUGAAGGCCAAUAAGGAACUGUCUGAACUUCAGAGUGAGUUAGAAACCCUCAAAGAGAAGAACAAGCAGGCAGAGGCUAACCUGCUGAUGGAGCAAGGCCUGUCCAGACAGAAAGUUGAAGGAGUGGGAUGCAUACUUAUGGCAGUUAACAACCUUGCAGAGCAGUGUUAUCUUCCUGCAUAUGGAGCUUUGGAAAACAUGAACGUACUUACAAAGAUGGACAUGGUGAAGGAGUAUAUUCUGGACCUGGCUGACACUGAGAAGAGAGCGAGGAGACUAAUGGAGUCUGGAUCUGCCAUGACGAGCAGAACAGCUCUGACAGACAAAAGAGAGAGGGUGUCCAUGAAAAGCAUUGGCAUUAAAACACUUAUCAAAAGUUCAAGUAAAGUCAGCAGAAAGAGUGAGGCAACAAGUUGAUGCAACUUUCACAAUUCAUCUAGGUGUUUCUGCUAACAGUUAUCUGUGUGUGUUCACUGUGAACAUUCAGUUUGGACCUUUAAAGAUUUAUUUUUGGGGCUUUUUUUGUCUUUA